CUCCCGGGCUGCGCUGGUGGUGGCGGCGGCGACAGCGGCCGUCUCCGGGCAGCGCAGAGGGACCCCCCGAGCCCGGCCAGGCCCCUGCCCCCGCAGCGCUCGUCCCCGCGGGGCGCGUCCCAGCGGAAUGGGGAAGCAGAACAGCAAACUCCGCCCGGAGAUGCUCCAGGACCUGCGGGAAAACACGGAGUUCUCCGACCUGGAGCUGCAGGGCUGGUACAAGGGUUUCCUGAAGGACUGUCCCUCGGGCAUGCUGGACGUGGAGGAGUUCAAGAAGAUCUACGCCAACUUCUUCCCCUACGGCGACGCCUCCAAGUUCGCCGAGCACGUUUUCCGCACCUUCGACACCAACGGCGACGGCACCAUCGACUUCAGGGAGUUCAUCAUCGCCCUGAGCGUCACCUCCCGCGGCAAGCUGGAGCAGAAGCUCAUGUGGGCCUUCAGCAUGUACGACCUGGAUGGCAACGGCUACAUCAGCCGGGAGGAGAUGCUGGAGAUCGUGCAGGCCAUCUACAAAAUGGUCUCCUCUGUCAUGAACAUGCCUGAAGACGAAUCCACCCCGGAAAAAAGGACGGACAAAAUCUUCCGACAGAUGGAUACUGAUAAUGAUGGGAAGCUCUCGCUGGAGGAGUUCAUCAGAGGGGCCAAGAGCGACCCGUCCAUCGUGCGCCUGCUGCAGUGUGACCCCAGCGGGGCCAUGCAGUUCUGAGCCCCACGGACCCCCACAGCCCCCCCACCACCACCCCCGACCCUGCCGAUGGUCACUGUCCCUUGCCCAGCCCCUGCGGUCCCCGCUGUGCCCCCACAGCCCCUCGUGGGAUGAUAUUGGGGUGAGGGGAGCCCAGGGGGCAGUCCCCAUCCCCGUGGGGCUCCUGCACUGGCUUCACUGGUGGGAGGAUGGAGGCAGGGUCUGCCCUGAGUGAGGACAGUCCCCCUCAGCUCCGGGGCUUGGAGCAGGGGGACAGCCCAGCCUGGUGGGACAGGCUGGUGGCCAAGCCACCGCUGCAUCUCCGGCAGGCGCGGGGACACGGCCCAGGGGACAAAACCCCGGUGGCUGGGGGGUCCCCAAAACCCAGCCCCACGUGGAGACACCACCACGGGCAGGGCUGGAUCAGCCCCUUCCCCACGGGCAGGGCUGGGGGAGGUUCAGGGGGGGCCGUGCUUCUGGGCUUUAAUACCUGCAGAAUAAAGUUUGUGUCAGUGCAG